AAUAGCUAUUCUCUUCCUGCCCCAUUUUGAGCUUCCAUUGGAUAACCAGACCUCUACCAGAGCGUCACUAUCAGUUGUACAAGUACAGCCUCCUCCUCUGCCAACUGAAGAACACCUAGUUCUUCCUUCAUUACUGAACAUAGUCAAAUUAAUUUAUUGCCACAAAACCACAAGUUGGUGGUAUUUGCUCUGAUAGUUGCAUAGAGGCCAGACUGACCACCAUCUUUCCAAAAAUGUAUUUUGCACACUUUGUGAUGAUGCUGGUGCUCUUUGGUUGUUCUCUGGGAAAAUCUUUUGUCCUCCAGUCCUCGGAGAAGGAACCCGCUGCAGCUACUGGCUCUGCCGUCCUCCACCCCGACAGGUGCCAUGGAGAGUUGUUGAAUGACAUCAGAAAGACCCUUAUUGGAGCCCUCAACCUGCAGCAGGAGCCCCAGGUGACGGCGGACAGACUGACUGCCAUCAGAGAGCAAUGGAAGACCGCAUUCUCUGCCAUCUCUCACAAGACCCAGGACAAAGCAGUGGCUUUACCUCAGGCUGAGGGUCCUGCAGCAGACAACAGUAGUGGUCUGAUAUGCUGUCCGCUGGCCUCACAGAUCUUCCUGAAAGAUCUUGGCUGGGAGAACUGGGUAAUCUACCCUGAGAGUUUCACCUACGUCCAGUGCUCACCCUGCAAAUCCCGACUGGACCUGAGCCCCUUGCGCUGCCCAUCACACACUCCUCCCACACAGGACACCCCCUCGCAGAUGCCGUGCUGCCAGACCACUUCUACAGAGCAUGUGCCCUUCCUCUACAUGGAUGAGUUCAGCACCCUCACCAUCUCCUCUGUUCAGCUCACCCGCGCCUGCGGCCCUGGCAACCCCCAGCUGCCAGCUGAGGACUGAUCAUUGACCCCCCACACCAUCCCGGGGAGCCCCCACCCCAUCCCAAGGAGCCCCCACCCCAUUCCAGGGAGCCCACCCAAUGCCAUCCCAGGGAGUCCCCCUACCCCUUCCCCAUAUCCAUUCUGCUCAUGAAAUACCUAUAGAGUGGACAUGGUUGCAGCAUUCCAGUAAUUAUCCCAAAAUUCCCAGGUUUUCCAGAAUUUCCAUUUGAAAGAUUCCCAGAAUCAAGAAGGAAUAGGCAGGAAAUACAUAAUCCUCAAAUCGGGAGUUUUGGAAAAUCUGUGAACCUUGGGAAAAUUACAGGAACCUUGCAACCUUAAAUGUGAUGGGCUUGUCUUACAGCUUUGUUUUGGCACAUAGCCUACAUUCCUACAUAGAUUAUGGCUAUUUCCUAGUUAUGUCCUAGUUAAUUUGACAAAACAUUGGAAUAUUGAAAUGUGUUCAUCUUGAGGAGCAUAAAGAAAAUGGAUCAUUGCGGCUUCAUAAAAUUAGACAAGCUCCCAUAUGAAACCCUGCUCUCCUCUCUUUUCCCAGAAGGGGAAAGCAGUAGCUACAUAAAAAUAAAAUAAAUACCUAGAGAAUCCUGCACAUGCUCAGAAGCUUCGAGACAUAAAAAUAAAAUAAAUACCUGGAGAAUCCUGCACAUGCUCAGAAGCUUCGAGACAUAAAAUGAAAAAGGUCUGAGUAAAAUCAGAUCUGCAGCCACUCCGUUCUGAAAAACAAAAAACUGACAGCUUUUAGUUCUGGUUGAAUAAACGUUGGCAGUCUUGCUUUGAUGACAUUUCAAAUGUGCUUUGAUGCUAUUUUUGACGACGAUAUUUCACAACCCUGAAGCGCUAGACUGGCAAGGGAUUAAAGCAAUGCUACUCCAUGUUCCCCACAGAAAUGUGAACACAUGCUUCCCAUGCCAAAAAAAAACCCUCUCAGGGUGGGAAAGCCGACCCAGCACUAGGCAAUAACAGCAGAGCUCUCAUCUAAACAGGCUUCUCCCCGGGACUCUAACAUGCAUGGAACCAGUUCUCUACAAAAGUAUAACAUUUAAAAAAAUAAUAAACCUGGGUUAUGUAAAAUAAAGAUUCUGAUCUCCCCAAACAAAAACUUGUUCUUAUAUGUGCUGUGAUUUUCCACUCCAUUGGGAAUUGCCCUCUUGGAAAGCUCCAUAGCUCAUGUUUGGACAAGUAGAAACCUUUGGCAUGGAGAUAAAUAACAGUGCUGCGGUUUUCACCAAACAAAGCCUAUCAUUUUCAGUUAAGACAUUUGUUCGGUUGCACAUGUGGAGUCCAAAAAGUAUUUCAGUUUGCUACAUUUGCAACUUUAAUUGUUAUCCCCCAAUGCUUCCCUUGUGCUCCUUUCGACAACAUUGUUGUCUAUCAGUCCUGAACUAGGUCCACAGCGUUUUCUGGGUUUGGCAGUUGGAUAAAUAUUUACUCUUUUUAUAUUUUCUUUGAGAUACACUAAAUAAAUGUAUUCCUUUUACAUUUACCUCACAUUGCCCACCCUUCACAAUGUAUUUUCCACCAUAAUAUUUAUCACCACGAUAUGGAAUGUACCAUUUAUCACCACGAUAUGGAAUGUACCAUUUAUCACCACGAUAUGGAAUGUACCUGAGGUUCUCACAGCUUCACUAACAAGUUUUGGUUAAAAAAAAUAAUAAUUGUGAAAUGUGUUAUUGCCAUUGAUCACACAGUUUGAGAAUUUGUAUCAAUUAUGUCUAUUAUCUGAUUAAAUUCUUUAAUAAAUGCUACUACAAGAA